CAGCCUCGACGGGGCAGCGAGCGAGGCAUAUGAAACAAGAGAACGAGUUUUGGCUGGUCUACUUGACCUCGUUGUAGAUUUUCCGCGAAUCUCAAUUUGCUGAGUACAAUCGUAUUUUCGAAGAAGCGAAAGGCUUCCGAAUUGUCCACUUUUGUGAUUUCCGUCUCCAGCUCCAGCCAGCAGUAGUCAUGUCAAAGAAGAACAAUAAAACUACGCGUGCCAGGUUGCACCAAUUCGAUCUUAAGAGGGAGAAAGAUGAAGUAGAGAAAAAGGAGAAGAAGAAGCAAAUAAAGACUGACAAGCUGAAGGUGAAGGUAGGCAAGGUCAAAGUAGGAAAGAAGUUUAAGAAAGGAAAGUUAAGUGAAGAAGCAAAGGCAGCUGUGAAGAAGUCAGCGAUGGAGAUUGAUGCUUGAACGAAUUGCACCGAAAGCUAUUUUGUGAGUAACUCCAUUGAUCAUUGGGUACGGUUUGACUCGGUGACCCAUGGUUUUUGAACUCCUCGAAAAGGAAAAUAUGGCCCUGCUUUGAAUUGCACCCAACUACAGGUCGGAACGCGAGCGGAUAACAGUUUAGCUUCUUUAGGAAUAGGUAGAUAGGUUAAGCACUCAAAUGGGUAUUUGAGGAACUAGGUGAGGAUCCCAGCAGCAGAUCCCAAAUCUUCUUGGCUGAGCAAUUAUGCAGUUUUUAAGGGGAUCCUGUCCAGUGAUCUGUUCUUAUGGAUGCGAAUGCAUCGUGUAUACUAUCACAAUAUCAAUUUUUUGACCAUCUGAAGUGAUGAGUUUUCGAAAUUCC